AUGUUGACUUAAUUGAUACUAAUACUUGUGAUUUAAUCAAAUAAGGUUGCUAGUUCUUCAGAUGAAUAUGAAAGUAAACUUAUAGAUUUGACAAAAUAAUACGAAAACUAUCCAAUCGACUUAAGUUUUACAAAUACUUUUGCUUUUUGGAGUUUUUGUAUUCCUGCUUAAUAAAUGGGAAAAUUUAUUGAAGGGAAUAAAUAAUAACUAUUUUACAUAACUGAUAUUAAGAAGACAAUAAUUGUAAUGUUUGUUUCAUUUAAUAUGAAUUAAUUAAAAGUAGAGCAUGAGGUAUGGUUAGCAGGUAGUGUAAUAAGUAAUUAAGAAUUUGAUCCACUUUAAUAUGAGGGUAUUUGGAUACUAACAAUGAUUACAAUAACAAAAAAAGAAAUUACAAUUUAAACUUUAAAUGCUAAUGGUAUCACCAAGAAAUAUACAUUAGAAGAAGAAUUAUCUGAUUCAAGUUUAUCACUUGGAGGCGCAGGAUUAUAAGUUUAAUUUAAAUUAAUAUUUAGGUUACAAAAGAAUUACAGCUUGGGGUAUUUAAGGGUCGGAUAUCUAAACUAAUGUAAUUUUAUGAUUCUGAAACAUAUGAGAAUAUAAAAAAUACUUAAACGAUUCCUGCAAAAGUAUUUGGUGAAUAAAAAAAAUCCUUAAUUGAUGGAUUAAAAAUAUUUCAAGGAGAUUCAUUGAAAUUUGAAAUGGAUUAGAUUGGUGAUAAUUUUUGUAUAUCUGCAUGGGUGAAAUAUGAUGCUUCAGAAGCAAAUAACUACAUCAAUUAUUUAUUGUUUAGAUUAACUGCUUAUAGAAGUUAUGCAGAUGAAAUUAAAAUUGGAGAUGAAUUAGUAAAAAUAGUUGUGGAACUUGAUCUUUAAUAGCCUUUCAAUUUUGGUUAUUAAGUAGCAUCUUUUCAUUAUGCUAUUCCUAUUGAAUAAGUAAUUCUAAAUCGAGAAAGCUAAAAAAUUUAUAUUAAUAAUCAAGAAGUAUACCCUAAAAUUUUAGUAAAUUGGCAUUUCAUAGCAUUUGAACAUGCUCGAAAUAAAAAUCCAGCAUCAAGAUUUAUAAUUAGUUAUUUUUUAGAUUAAGUAGAAACACGUUUGGAAUAUACAUUAGGAAACUCUCGAUAUAGAAAUUUAUUUAUAAACACUAAAUAUUAUUUACUUAUAGGAUAAGAUAAUGUUAGAUAUUUUUAAAAACUUAGAGGAUCAAUAUAUGAUCUAUAAAUGGCGUAUAAUUUUGAUUAUUCCAAAGAAAUUAAUUUUGGUAUUAGUAGAUAAUAUUUAUGAGUAUGCCAUUAUAGUUGCCAAGAAUGUUAGGGUCCUACAUAAAAUGAUUGUAUUAAAUGUUUCAAAGAUACAAACAGAAUAUAUUUAAAUGAUUAAAAUUAAUGUUCUUGUAUAAAUGGAUAUUUAGAAAUUGAUAAAGUAUGUAAAUCAAUCACAGAAUUUUAAUAUGCUUUAACUUUAAAGGAAAUAGAUUUUGAUUAGAAUUUAUUAAGAUGUGAUUUUGGAUACUUUGCUUUACCUGAGUAAUCAAGAUGCAUUAAAUGGUAUCUUUAAUAUUUUUAUUUUUUAAAGUCCAAAUGAAUUCACCAAAAAUUUUGAUCUUAAUUGUGCAGAAUGUUUAUUAAAUCCUACAAGUUGGUAUAAUAAAUUAACUUGUUAAAAGGAUUUAAUAAUUUAAGCAAAAUCAAUAUAUGAAUAUACUUAUGGCAUUUAUUAAAGGUCUCCAGAGAAUUACGAAUUAUAUUUAAUUGAUGAUGACUAUAAUUUAUAAUUAGUACGAAAUGCAGAAACAUAUUGUCAACCCUAAGAAUAGAAUAACUGUAAAGAAAUAAAGACAUUUUAUCUUUUAUCUAAAAAAAUCUAUGUGAAUUGCAAAUAGAAUUAUUUUAUGAAUACAUUAACUUUUAGUUGUGAAAUAUUACCAAAAGGUUGUUUAAUUAUGGAUAUCCAAAAUGGUUGCUAAAAAUGUAUUUCCGGAUAUUAAUUGUAAGAAUUUGCUAAUUAACCUCAUUGCAUUUAUGUGUGUAAAGAAUUCUGCAUAGAAUGUAAUACAGAAAAAUGUUUAACCUGCAUUUCAGGAUAUACACCAGAUAACAAUUAUUGUAUAUAAUGUGGUAAAAAUUGUGAAAUCUGUUAAUUCUAGCAUAAAGAAGGAUUACUUCGAUGCUUAAAAUGUGUAGAUCAUAAAAAAUAUUACUUAUCAAUUAAUUAAGUAGAUUGCCUUGAAAAUUAAAUAUCAAAUUGCAUUUACGCAUUUGAGGCAACAAAAGAUUUUAUGAAUAAUUCUUUUGAAUUUAAUGGACUUCCAGACACGGUAUCUGAUUCAAUUUCUGGAUGUGCUAGAUGUAUGAAUGGUUUUUAAUAUGACUAAGAAACUAAUGAAUGCAUUGUAUUAAAUGAUAAUUCAUGUACUCAUGGUUAUAAAAGUUCUAAAUUAAAAAUAUGUUUUAUUGGAUAGUAAAAUGUAGAUUAUUAUACAAUCUCCUUUAAAAUGGACUGCUAAUAUAAAGUGUCUAAUUGUUAAUUAUGUUUACUACGCUAGAAUAUGGCUGAUCCAACAUUUACAUGUCUAACUUGUUAAGUAGGAUACUAUUCUGAAAGAUAAUCUGGUUACUGUAUAGGUUGCCCUUAAGAACUUAACUGUUCUAGUUGCUAUUAAUAAUAAAGGUUAGAAAAGGACUAUUGGAAAAAUGAAAUUUAACCUUUCUAUAGAGCUUUGAUAGAUGAUUAUAAAUAAUCACAUUCUUUUAUCUACUAUGGAACAUCUUAAGAUCCUAAUGAUUAUGAAAUUCUAUGUCAUGAUUGUUUGACAGGAUUUGAACUUUUAAACGAUAUUUGUGUUAAAGGUUGCCCAAAAUCAUGUUUAGAAUGUAAAAUUAUAAAUAAUUAAUACGUUUGCGUCAAUUGUCCAUCAAAUGAUAAAGAAUAAAAUUAUAGUAUUCAUGAAAAUGAAUGUAUACUUUGUCCUUCAAAUUGUGAAUUAUGUCGUAAAAGAGAAUAGUAAGAAAUUAAAUCAAUUAAUCCUCUUUUUGAUAAUUAGGAUUUCUGGAAUUUUUCAAAUUAAUGCAUUGGAUUCUAUGAAUGUUUCGGUAUGAAUUAAUUCACCUACAGUGAUUGCAAGAAAGACGCAAAAUUAAAACUAAUUGAAAUCACUUUAGAAUUAGAAUGCUACGGAGAUAAUCAUAUUUUAAUAUCAGAUGAAAUUAAUUAGGUAAAUAUAUUCUAAUUUAUUUCAGUUUAAAAGUAAUGAAUUUUAUAAAUUGUCAAAUUAAUUCUAAAUUUAAACCUUUAUCAUUAAAAUUAUAAGUAUUACAUAAUAGACUUGCAAUUUCAACCAAAUCGUCACUUAGAGUUAUAGUUAAAACAUUUUUACUGCUAUGUAAUUAUUAUUUAAUUAUUGUAGUGAUAUUUAAUUGGAAAUUUAUGGAAACAAUAUUACCAUUUUUAAGUACGAAAAAUUAUUGCAGUUUAUAAACUUUUCUAAAAUUAAAAUAGUAGAUGUAAUCUUUGAUAUAAUCGGAUUGAAUAAAAAACCAAUAUUAUUUGAAUCCGCCUUUGAAUAAACAAUUGAACUAAAUAAUAUUAAAAUCUUCAGAGCCUAUGAUACAUAAUAAUAGACAAUUAUAAUUAAUAAUGCUUCAAGAAUAUUUAUUAAUAACCUAAAAUUUAAUCAGAUAAAUUUAAAUAGAGACCCUGGUUUUAUUAUAUCAUUCGGAGAAACUGUUUCAGAUUAGUUAAUUAUCAUUUCUAAUUUUUUGAUAGAUUAUACCAGUAUAGCAAAAUAAAUCUUAUUUGAUUUUCACUUCAAAGAAACUGAUUAGGUAGAAAUUUCUAAUUUAGAAAUAUUUAAUUGCGUUUUAUAUUAAACUUCAAUUUUAAAUCUUAAAUAGGGUAAAUUAAUUCUAAGUGAUAGCAAAUUUAAUAAUAAUUAUUUAUUUGAUAUUAAAAAUUUGAUAGCAAUAGAAGGAUCUGCUAAUUUUUAUGCUAAAUAACUUAUUUUUGCAUCUAAUUAGAUUUUUAACUCAUCACUUAUAGCCCUUUCUAAAUUUUGUUCUUUUUCUCAAAUUUAAUUUGAAUCCAAUAAGCUGACUAAUUUUUCAACAUUAAUUAAUAAUUCUUAAACUAGUAUUCAAUAAAUAAAGCUGGAACAAAUAAGAAUGCAAUUAAAUGAAUAUGAUGAUAAUUCAAAAUUUAUAGACAUAAAAGGUGAUGAUAAGUAUUAGAAUUAGUAAUUAUUGAUGACUGAAAUAGAAUUAAUUGGAAGCAAAUUCAUAUAUGAUGAUAUAAAAAAAAUGAUAGAUUAAUCGCUAAUCUAAUUAUAAAUAGAAAAUGUAUCUAUUAAUAAAUUAAAUAUUGAAAGAGUUUAUGGACAUAGUGAAAUUAAUUUUUUUGGAGUCAAAAAUUUGACAUUAAAUUCUAUAACAAUUAAGCACUACUACUAUGAGCAUGAAUAUGAAUAAUUAAUAUUAGCAAAUGACUGUCUUUUUUUACUUGAUUAAGACUUUCAUUAUUGUACUUCAAUUUAUCUCUAUGAUGUAUCAAAUAUUAUAAUAAGUAACUUAAAUAUAUCAUCAGCUCACUCGCUUAAUUGUCCUAUAAUUUAUAUUGAUUCCUCUUAGACUGUCAAGGAAAAAACUUAAAUUUUGAAAUUAAAUGAGCUCUAUUUUAAGAGAAACUACUUGCUAGUUUUAAAUAAUUAAAAAUAAACAGGAUUAAUAUAAUUUAUAUCAUAGUUAUAUUAUGAAAUUAUAAUAACUGAUUCAUUCUUUGAAAGAAAUCUAUUACAUUAAAAUUAGGAAAAUUUACUUUAGUAUCAAGGUUUGAUCUUAAAUUUUGAUUGCCCAUUAUGUACAAUUUAUUCUAAAGGAUUAAGAUUUUAAAAUAAUCUAGUUACAAACGCUUCAACAAAUAUUAUUUAAUUACGAGCUAAUAAAAUUUAGAUUGAAAAUUCAACUUUUGAAUCUAAUUGCAUUUUCGAUUAUAACCAUUUGUAUCCUUAUAUUAAAUUCAAUUUUGAACCAUAUGAAAAAAUUUCAUUAGAAAUUCUAGCAGAGAUUCUCUAAAUUAAAGUUUCAACUGCAAAUGCAAUUUUAUUUGCUCAACAAAUUAUUAUUAACUAAAUUCUCAUUAAUAAUUCUACUAGUACAGGAUUAUAAAUUAAAAUUGAAAAUGAGGCAAAUAUACUUAUAGAAAAUUCUUCUUUCUUCAACAUCAACUCUGGUUUUAAUAAAGAGGAAAAAGCAAAUGGAGGAGCUUUAUUUAUAGAUUCAUCCUAGGCUACUUCAGUAACUAUCAAUAUCAAGAAUGUAUAUGCAAAAAAUAUAAAUAACAGAAAUUCAGGUGGAUUUAUUUAUUUUUUAAGUGGAAAAGGUACCACAAUCUUAAAUUUAAAUGAAAUCUAUGUUGAAAAUGUUUACUCUUUAGAAGGAUCUCUAUUUUAUGGGUAUUCUGCUACUCUAAAUGCAAUAGAAACAUAAUUUAAACUUACAAACUUAAAACUCAAGAAUUCCUUAUAAGGAUAAUUGUAAUUUUUAAAUUAAUUUAAAUUCAACUCAAGUUCUUAAUCAGUUCUGUAAUAACUUAAUUCAAGAACAAUUAUUUAGAUUUCUAAUUUUUAAAAUAUUGAUUUAAUAAAUUUGCAAUUUUCAAAUGUAUUCUAUGAAUCAAUAUUAAAUUUGCAAGCCGCAAAAACUCUAAUUAUUAGAGAAGUUGAAAUCCUUCAAUCUAAAUUUUUAAACUUUGCAUUAUCAUUAGAUUAAUUCAUUGAUAAUUCAUCAUUGUUUUUAAAUUAACUAAAAUUAUUGAAUAUUACUGUUGAUAAUACUAUUGAAGCUCCUUCUAAAUGUUCGAUAAACAAAACAAAAAAUAUAAAAGUACCUAAAUUUUAAUGUAAAAUAUUGUUUGCAUCUCCUUAGAAGAUUGAAUCAGAAAUUGAUAAAAAUUCAUUAGAAUAAGCAUAUUGUGUCAUAAAUGCUUUAAAUCAAAUAUUAUAUACAACUAAUGUUAGUUUAAUCUAUAUAAAACCUUAAUAAACAAUCCUUCGAUUCUCGAAAAUGAGCUUUUAAAAUAUUAAUUGUUUUUCCUGUUAAAAAGGAUUAAUAGAGAUUUAAACAGAUGAAGAUAAUAUUAAUGCAGUGAUUGAGCAUUUAUUAAUUAUGAAAAGUGUUUGUUGGUAUGGUAGUUGUAUGACACUUGUUAAUGAAAGAAACUAAUCCUAAAAUUCUAGGGUUCUUUAGAAUAUAAAAUCAGAUCUUGAAAAAAAAUAAUAUGAUUUUCGAAUAACAGAUUAUGUUUGUAUGUCUAAUAAAGGUUAUGAGGGUACAUGUUUGAGAGUGGUUAAUUUAAGAAUUUUGAUCACAUAAUCUAUUUUUAAAAAUAAUUUUGCAAAUAUUACUGGUGGUUCUAUCUCGAUUAAAGGGAAUCAACAAUUUGUUAUAAUAGAGUCUAUAAUUUCAAAUAAUGCUGCUUAAUAUGGAGGAGGGGUAUCAAUUAAUGAUCAAUAUACUAAUCAAUUCUAUAAAUCUUAAACUGUUAUUACUUAAAACUUAGCUUAGAAAUUUGGAAAUGAUACUGCUUAAUUACCAUCUCAAUUAUCCAUCUCUGUUGAUACAUAAUAAGUUCUCCCAAAAAUUAAGAUUAUUGAGAAUUAGAAUUUAAUUAUAGAGUAGAUUUAAAUCAAACCUUAUGAGAUAUUUAAAAAUUAAUUUUCAGAUUCUCUUUUCUUACCAAAUGGCUAACCAUUAUCAUCUUAUAAAUAUUUCAAUAUAAUUGAGAGAAAAUAAUUUAAAUAUAAUAUCAAUUUCAGAAUUAAGGCUCUUGAUUAGUUUAAUAUUAUUUAAUAGAAUUUAGAAAAUAGUACUUGUGAUGUUGUAGGUAGAAUACUUAAUGAAGAAAUUGAAAAUAAUUUUACAAAAAACUUUACUAAUAUGCCUAAAGUUAAUUUUAGUUAAUCAGAUUAUAAUUUAGAUGAUAUAAUCAUAUAAUUGGAUGAUCAAUUAAAUUUGACUUUACAACUCUAAUUUAAUUGUUCUUCUAUAUAUGUUCCAAUCUAUAAUGAAAAAAAAGAAAUAAUUAAUUAUCAUAAUAAUUACUAUCUUCGAAUUAACGUAAAAGCUUUUCCUUGUUAAAUUGGAGAAAUAAAAAAUUUAACUUCAAAUAUAUGUGUACCUUGUAAUUCUACUGAAGGGUGGUAUUCCCUUAAUAUAAAUUCGAAUUAAUGUUCAUUAAAGGAUGAUCAAACCGUAUUGACAGUAACAUCAACUUCAUUAAAUUUAAAACCUGGAUAUUGGAGGCCGUAUUUUGAUAAUGAUAAAAUUAGUGAAUGUAUCAAUCUAUUAUAAAAUUGUAAUGGUGGUUGGUAUGAAGGAGAUACUUCUUGCACUUUAGGUCAUAUAGGAGCACUAUGUGAAGAAUGUGAUUUAUAUGAUUCCAGAGGGGAAGGACAUUAUUCUACUAGUAAUAAAUACUCUUGUGGACCUUGUGCUGAUUAACAAUUAAAUUCAAUAUUAAUAUCAGCUAUUAGUUUAUGGUAAAAAUAUUAUAUUAUCUAUAGGGCAUUAAUUUCUGUUUUGAUCUCAGUCAAAGGAACUGUUGCUCUUAUUGAAGAUAUGGCAUAAAAAAUGUACUUUUUAAAAUUUAAACUAUUUAUGACAAUGUAAGAUUCUUAAUCUGGAAUUCUGAUUAAGAUGUUAACAAGUCAUUUAUAAGUUCUAUCUACUAUAACAAGCUUCAAAUUUAAAUUACCAUAAACUUUAAAUAGCACUAUAAAUUCUACAGCAAAUCCAAUUCAAGCAGCAUUAUAUUCACUUGA